GGCGGCCUCCCCCGCCGCGCCGUGCAGCUGGGCCAGUGACGCUGGCGCCGCCGCCGCCGCUCUUGCUGCUGUCGCUGCGUUCCAUUCCCCCGAGCCGGCGACCGCCUCGUCCCGCAGCGCCGGCCAGACCAGGGCACGCGGGGCCUCGCCUUGGACGCCAGCGGGCCGCGGCAGCGGACCGUCCCCUCCCGGAGCUCGCCGGCCCGAAGCCCGGGUGAAUCUACCCCUGGCUGACUUCAGAAUUCUUACUACCGGGUUUUUAGAUUUUUUUUUUUUCUUUUUAAAAUAACCUGGACGGAUAAAAGAUGUGCCAUGGCAGGAUAGCACCAAAGAGCACCUCAACGUCUGCAGUGUCUUGUAUGGGAUAUGGAUUGUUCUUCCCACUGGCGAUCCUCAGCACCCUCCUUGGAGCUGGACACGCGUCAGUGUGUUCCCUGCCCCCGGAGCCGGAGAAUGGCGGGUACAUCUGCCACCCCCGGCCGUGCCGAGACCCCCUGAACUCAGGCAGCGUCAUCGAGUACCUGUGUGCCGAAGGCUACAUGUUGAAGGGCGACUACAAGUACCUGACCUGUAAGAAUGGUGAAUGGAAACCGGCCAUGGAGAUCAGCUGCCGACUCAAUGAGGCCAAAGAUGCACAUACGUCUCUCGGGGUCCCCACACUGUCCAUCGUGGCUUCCACCGCCAGCUCCGUGGCGCUCAUUCUCCUGCUCGUGGUGCUCUUCGUGCUGCUGCAGCCCAAGCUGAAGUCCUUUCAUCACAGCAGGCGUGACCAGGGAGUGUCCGGAGACCAGGUCUCAAUCAUGGUGGACGGAGUCCAGGUCGCACUGCCAUCCUACGAGGAAGCCGUGUACGGCAGCUCGGGCCACUGCGUGCCGCCUGCUGACCCCCGCGUGCAGAUCGUGCUGUCGGAAGGGUCUGGGCCCAGCGGGAGGCAUGUGCCCAGGGAGCAGCCCCCGCAGGAGCCGGGGGCCUGUUCCUCGGCGGGCGGCGAGGAGGAGGCCCCGGGCCAGUCCGGACUCUGUGAAGCCUGGGGCUCGCGGGGCUCAGAGACUGUGAUGGUGCACCAGGCGGCCACCUCUUCCUGGGUGGCCGGCUCAGGGAACAGCCGACCGGCACACAAAGAAGUCCCAGAUUCAGAGAAUAGCGACAUACAAAGCCUUUUAUCCCUCACGUCAGAGGACUACACAGAUGACAUCCCGCUGUUGAAAGAAGCAUGAGGGCGGUGGCGGGCCCCUCCGCUCCGCCCCUCCUCCCUCUCCCUGCGGGUUUGAGCGCCCCGUACUCUGGCCACCUUCUCUGGAUACCCGAGCUGCCGCCUCCGUAUCUGUCUAUCUGUGUAUCGCAGAGGGCCUGCAGGCCCACCUCGCUGGAAACUCAAGGAAGAUUCUCGCCAUCUGCCCGCCGGACAGCUGGAGGAGCUGGCUCUCUGCCUGGCCCAGCCUUCCCAUCUGUGUCGGGGAUCUGCUUGAAUGUGCUGGAUUGAAGCCUCCCUCUCCCCGAGCCCUCCGGGUCCCCUCCAGCCAGCUCUCAGCAGCGGCCCCCACCAGCCCGCGCGGGCCUGAGAGCCGCUGUGUUUACUUGUGCCUUUCCCCCCAGCCCCGCCCCAUGUCCCCAUCACGCAGGCUUGUGGCUGCCUCGCCGCCCCCUGCCCCCUCGGUCGGGCCGUGUUCCCUGGAGGUCUGGUGCCUGCCAGGCGACAGGAGGGGGUCCAGGAGUGUCCGGCACCGGGGCUCACGUGCACGGGGCCUGGGGCCCUGCCUCGGCCAAGGGGGGCAUCUGUGACGGGUUCCAUCAGAGCCCGCAGGCACCCGCUCCUGGCUCAGUUCAAUUUCCGAGACAAAUAGAAACUCCUGAGGGAGGGGACAAAAGUGGCCCCGCGGCCGAUGCUGACCACGACUGUCUUCCUCACUUCUUCCAGCCUGGGUUAUUUCCUGCUUCCCUGCACCAUGAGGGGGUCUUUGCGUAAGGCUGCCCGUGGAGCGGGGGAGCUGCUGAGAUGCCACAGAAUGCCUGGGGUGCCCUGGCAGUCAGGGCAGGUGGCUUGGGUGGGGAGGGUGGGGACCCGAGAGGCACACCCCAAGGCCCCAGACAGCUGCAGGCAGCUCCAGCCACCCCACGAGGGCCCCCGCCCCACAGUCUGUGCCUUAGUCCCCGUGCCCAGGAAGCGCCUGCUUGCCCAGCUGCUGCUGCUUCUGCUGCCGCCGCCGCCGCCACCUCUGCUCGUCCCGCCCCGCUGUGCAUGGCGCUGCUGCCAGUCCGUGACUCCUGAGUCUCCCUGCCCACCCCUGAGCGGCAGGCACCCAGGGGGGUGGAGGAGUAGGCUUGGCGCCCCCCAGGCUUCUGCCCCCGCAGAGAGCUCCCCGGGACUGAGGCACAGCCCAGCCAGGAUCUCCCAAGCACGGGGUGUGCUGGAGUGUGGGCCCCCCGGCGAGGGCAGCUUCCCUGCCCCCCAGCUCCUCGCCUCGAAUCUCUCGCACUUUACUCCCCGCCGUCCCAGGCCUCUUGCUGCCGCGCGCGUGGUCUUCCUCUCAGGGUAAGUAGGGCCAGUGCCCCCGGGGGCCCUCACGUGCUGUGCCCAAAGACCAGAGCAGUGUACUUCCACAUGGAUCAGGUCGGUGGGGGCCCCGCCGAGAGGGGGGCCCUGCCCUUGACCUCGGGGAGGCCGUUUUCUGAGACGUCCCUGCAGUCGCUGGCCCCCGGACAUGGGCUCCUGUCCCCCACCACGGAGGCCCUGGUUGGUUUUUCUGAACCGAGAAAGUGGGACAAGCCGGGGAGAAGGCAGUCCAGCGUGUCCCACCGCCGACCCCCUGCGGCUUUCGGCUUCCGAUCGCUCGAUCGAUCUCCCGUGUCCCGGUCCAUUCUAGAGUACUUUUCAUUUGGGAAGCGCCUGCCUUUGUUUCCCUUUACUACUCUGGAUUUUGUUGUUCGUUUGGUUUGGGUUUGAUUUGUUUAUUUUUUUUUUCCCCUUAAGAGAUUGCACUUUUUGCUUUGGGCUCCCUCAGCCACAUAGGCUUGGCCCUGGAAGAAAUAAAUAUUAAAAAAAAAAGAUCUUCCUUCAGAAGCCAUCCCUCCUUCCCACCAGUUCCCUGCCCCCUGGGGCACAGGCCCAGUCUCGCCUGCUUGGUAGGAAGGGAAGAGUGGCAGAGCCUCUGCACCCCGCCCCUCACUGGCUUUGAUGAGGUCCCUGCCCCACCACACACACACCCCCGGGUCCCCCCAGCCUCCCGUGAUGGUUGGCGGCUCGGCAGGCUCUGCACAGCCCUUUGCUCUGAGGCAGUUUCUCAGCCACUGGCCGUGUGCUGCUGUCUCUAGGGCUCCGGCUUCCCUGGCAAGGGAUUAGGAGCUGCACAGCCGCCUUGAGGUCCGGCCUGGUGGAGGAACAGUGUAGUGGCAGGUGGGGCCAGGCUCACUGCACAGCCCCGCGAUCAGCUCAUCCUGGCCGGCACCGGAGGACUGGCAAGGUAUUUGCACACAGGAGCCGACCCAGCGACGUGUUCUGUCCUGGCCACUUGGACUCCCGUUCCAGCAACUUCCAAGGGCCAGCCUGUGGUGAAAAUCACUUAGACUCUCCGUCCCUUUCAAUGCCUUACUUUGUUUAGGCUCUCGCUUCUGCUCCCUCUCGAGUGUUGUGUGUUACAUUCCCAUUUCACCGGGUGUGGACCGUGAAAUGGACCGAGUGCUGGCACUUAGCGUCCUCUGUUUUAUAAGGCGUUUCAGCUCACAUCCUACUUACACUCCAUUUGCAGCCGACCGAAAACUAAUGUCUUCUCCCAUACAUCGCGCCCUCCCCCUCUCUCCCAGCCCCAGCUUUAAAAUUCUGUGGCAAAGCCCGUGGCAAGACAGACAAAGGUAUACUCUUCCUGCUUCGUUAGUCACAGACGGAUAACCCUCCGCGCUUGCCCUCCCACCACACCCAGCUGAGCUCUCAGACCACUUGCUUCCCACAUAACCAUGCCGCUUCCAUUCCCAGGGAACGUUCUUAACCAAGAGAAUGGAAAAUGCUGCCAACACGUCUCCAUCCUUGCCUUUGAUUUCCUCCUCAGAAAGAAUGACGGGCGUGGAAGGGAGGUGGUUGCGUGGACAGGCCUUGCCGCUUGGUUCCAGCAGAUGUGACGAUGCCAGGGUGCUGAGGCUGAGAGCUGCCCUGCUGGGGCCCCCGGCCCUUGGCAGAGUAGCUGGUACCCAGUGUGGGGAGGUUGGGGGGGCCAGAGGGGGAGAGCUGAGAGAGGGUUUUGUCUGGUGGGGUGGACAGAGGUUCAGGCGGACAAGAGACAGCUGGUUUCCCAGAGAAUAUCAGCGGGCUUGGCUUUGCUCUACGUGUCCAGUUGAAAAUCAAGUCAGAAUGUAAAGGGAAAACGCCAAGGUCACCCCCCAACCCCCCGCCAGGCAGCACAGCUGCUGGAGGGGAUGCGGCGGCAAAACGCUUAGUUUGCCAAGGAGGCAGGAGGGAUCGAUGGACGAGGUUUUGCGUGGCAGCACACCCCACCCUGCCCUGGCUGCUUCCCCGCCACCUUGGAAUCUUUGGCGGAAUGGUACUCGAGUAAUGGAAACGACACAUGCGGCCUCGACUGUGCAGGAUUGUCACUCGAUCAGUUUGGGUUUGCUUUAUUUUAUUUUAUAUAUGUAUUUUUUUUGGUAUCCUGUACAUUGCAGUGGGUGUGAAGAUAGUAUUUUAAUAUUUGUACAAAGUUUAAUUUAAUUUUAAUUGUUCUAUGUAUAUAACUGCAUUUCUAAAUAAUAAAAAAAAAAUUCUUACGAAGGCAGUAAAUGAUCCGUGAUCGUUCCA